UCACUGGAUUUGACGAUCUUCUAGGGGCCAUAGGCCUCAGGUUAGGGAUUUCUCCUUACGUAUCUAGCAACACUGAAGACACUACUGGAUACAUAAAAAAGAACAUAGUCUUUGAAAUGGAAGUGGAGUAGACUAGCAAGAUGUUUGCUCAUUCAUUUAGUCAGUCGGUCAUUUUUUUUUUUUUUUUUUGGUCAUUUUUAUUCUAACGUUGACCAUAUCUGAAGUUACAACUUGUAUAUAUAUCAUUAUACGGUCUGCAAAGAACAGUGGCAAAUUAGACUUCUGAUUUUUUAUUGUAAAAUCUAACGGUUUUUAGGAAGUCAAUAAAUAUGUUUGCUUUCAACCAUUUCUCAGAAUUUUCUGCUAUCUACAGCUAAAUGAUUAUACUUAUAACACAAAUUUAUCAUGUCCUUUAUAAAUUUCAAAGUGUCUUCCCAUCUAUUUAAUUUCAUUUUAUCCCCCAACCAGAAACAGAGAGUUAUUCCUAUAAACACAUUUCAAAAUGUGAAACUCAGGCACUACAAGACACACACAGAGAUGGAUAGAAAGGAAUGUGCAAAGUAAAAUAUUUGAAAUGCACCAGGGGAACUUACUUUUUAAAGGGAUCCAGAGUGACCGCUUUUGGAAAUAAAGGCCCCUUUCAUGGGUCAACAAUGACAUGAGCACGAAGACUAGAGACAGACCUAAGUUUGAAUUCCAACUUUACUGUUCUCUCUGGCUUCAUUAUCCUUAUCUAUAAAACAGGAAUAAUACCACCUCACAGUUAUUGGAUGGUGAAAUGUGAUAUAAAAUGCCUGGCCAACAGAGAAUGCAUCUAGUUCCUUUCCCUUUUAUUAUGCGAAUGAUUUUGUAUUUGUAGAUUUUUAUACAGCACAUUUUCUUUAAACAGAGCUCACUCACUGCUAUAGAUUUACAUGUGUCCUAAAAUUCACAUGCUGAAACCCUAAACUCCAGUAUGACUACAGUUGGAAAUGAGGUCUUUAGGAGGUAAUUAAGGUUGAAUUAGGUCAUAAAACCUAACCCAAUAGCAUUUGUGGCCUUAUAAGAAGAAGCAGAGAGAGAAAGAUCUCUUUCUUCCCACACGCUCGCACAAAGAGGUCAUGUGAGCACACAGUGAAAAAAGGCAGCCAUCUACAACCAAGGGAAGAGGUCUCAGAAUGAAACCUACCUUGCAGGCACCUUGAUCUUGGACUUACCAGCCUCCAGAAUUGUGAGAAAUAAAUUUCUGUUAAGUCACCCCAUUUAUGGUAUUUUAUCAUGGUAGCCCAGGCCAUUUGAUACACUCAUAAGAAUGUUUUUCUCAUCUACAUAAACAAAAUACCACAAUUUAUAGGAAAGUAGGUGAGGAUGGCAUAAAAGGGCUGUACAUAUUUUAUUUUUCCAGUUCACCAUGACACUUUCAAUAAUAAUAUGCAAAAUGCUAUGGAUUUUUAAAUGUGAAGAAUUAGACUGAUUAAUUUCCCACCUGUCCCUGAGAAACUAGUAAAUGUUUAAGGCUUGGUAGUAAAGCACCGAUUCAAAGAAACCCAUACACAGUCUAGAACUUUUAAGCAAUUAAAAAGAUAAUAGCCCACGCACCCUAGCAGCCAGUAGGUGAGCUGGGAGCCACGGAGGUCACCGUGGGGAGGCGGGGCGGGGGCAGCAUGGCAGCCUCCUUACGGCUCCAUGGAGCUGCCUCUGGCCUCCGGUAGUGGAGCUGCCGGCAGCAACCGGCGGUGGCCAGCCUUGCAGCGGUGUAUUCUAGGUCAAUGGCUUCUAAGACUCCAGUUGGAUUCACUGGAGUAGGCAACAUGGGGAAUCCAAUGGCAAAAUAUCUCAUGAAACGUGGCUAUCCACUCAUUACUGAUGAUGUGUUCCCUGAUGCAUGCAAAGAGUUUCUAGAUGCAGGGGAACAGGUAGUGUCUUCCCCGGCAGACGCAGCCGAAAAAGCUGACAGAAUUAUUACAAUGUUGCCCACCAGCAUCGAUGCAAUAGAAGCUUGUUCUGGAGCAAAUGAAGUUCUAAAAAAAGUGAAGAAAGGCUCACUCUUAAUAGAUUCCAGUACUGUUGAUCCUAUGGUUUUGAACGAAUUGGCCAAAGAAGUUGAGAAAAUGGGAGCAGUUUUCAUGGAUGCCCCUGUUUCCGGUGGUGUGGGAGCUGCUCGGUCUGGGAGCCUCACGUUUAUGGUGGGAGGAGUCGCAGAAGAAUUUGCUGCUGCUGCCCAAGAGCUGCUGGGGUGCGUGGGCUGCAAUGUGGCGUGGCGUGGAGCUGCUGGGACUGGGCAGGCUGCGGAGAUCUGCAACAACUUGCUGUUAGCUAUUAGUAUGACUGGGACUGCUGAAGCCAUGCAUCUGGGAAUCAGGUUAGGGCUUGACCCAAAACUCUUGGCUAAAAUCCUAAAUAUGAGCUCAGGACAAUGUUGGUCAAGUGACACUUAUAAUCCUGUACCUGGGGUGAUGGAUGGAGUUCCCUUGGCUAAUCGCUAUGAGGGUGGAUUCAGAACAACACUCAUGGCUAAGGAUCUGGGAUUAGCACAGGACUCUGCUGCCAGCACGAACAGCCCAAUCCUUCUGGGCAGUCAGGCCCAUCAGAUCUACAGGAUGACGUGCUCGAAGGGCUACUCCAAAAAAGACUUCUCAUCCAUGUUCCGGUUUCUAUGAGAC